AUGGCGGGGGAGGUCUUCGUGGACGGGCAGCCGCCGGACUUCUCGGUCCUGCCGGAGCUGCUCUGCCCGCCCUGCCUGGAAGGCGAGCCCGGCUGCGGCUCGAUCCCCGGGCCGGGCGGGGCAGAAACAGCCGCCCCGCGCGGCUCCAGGUGUGAGCCAUUCAGCGGCAUGGCCUGCUGCCUCCAGAUCCCAAACUUCGGUUUAGUGCAGGGGGCCGAUCCACUGUUCUCCCACCUGGACCCGAUCGCCAGCACCCCAGGAAAACUCCAGGGGCCAGUAGUCCCGGCCGCACACCCUGCCUGCGAUGUCACGAUGCUCCAGAACGACUGCUUCUUUCCCUCCUCUGCCUCGUUCGGUUUCUUGGAUGCUCUGAGCCUCAUCAGCUUACACUGCUCAAACCUCGCCUCAAAGCCCGUGGAUUGGGCCGACCCUCUGUCGACUGCCUCUGCAGAAGGGCCUCCACAGGAGACGGGCAUUCCGCACAGGCCUGAGUCCCAGGAAGGCGUGAGAAGAGUGUCCCGCAAGCAGGCCAAACCCCGGCGGAGCUGUGAACAUCUGGAGCCGGAUUUCCAAGGGGUGACCUUCCAGAUGCAGCUGUGCCUACAUCAAGGUGGUCCCGAGGGCUGUCGGCUCCUCAUGAGCCACCAGUACAGCAGUGAGAAGCUUAAGAAAAGAAUCCCAGUCCCUUUAACCAGAGAGGAAUGCGGCGCUGCCUGUUCAAAAGAGAAGGAAGGCUCUCUGUCCACCCACCGGAGUAAGUGCUGUGCUUCUUGCAAGACCAGGAAGACACCGCAGUGGAGAGAUGCUGAAGACGGGACCCCUCUCUGCAAUGCAUGUGGCAUUAGGUACAAAAAAUACAGAAUCCGGUGUUUUCAAUGCUGGAAUAUUCCAAAGCAUGGUGGGAAGCCCUGCUCCCAUUGUUCCAGUUGCGGAGACAAAUUCCACACAGCAGCCGCCCAGCAGGAAUCUGAAAAAGCUGAUACCGACCCUGGUCUUUCCUUGGCUGUGGCUAAAUUUCUGGCCGCAGAAGCGGCUUCUGUGUGA